UUUCCUUUCUUUUACAUAAUUGAAUAUUUUCUCCGUUUUUUUGUUGUUCACUGUCUUCCUUGAUAAUAUUACAUGUUGCAUCAAUUUAUCAUUUACUUCUGAGAACAAGUUAUCUAUUUGAACAAAGUAUACAUGCGUAACGAUAUACAAGGUGGCUUUAAAAAACUCAAAACAUGAUGCAGAUAAAGGCUAUCUAGUCAUAACAAAGUUUUUCUUUUGGUUUUAUAGCCAUGAUUAAUAAAUCAUCUGUUUUUUACAGUAACGUUGAUCCAAAUUCUCUGAUAUAUAAAGGAGAGCAGCUUGAUCAUCUGCAUGAAGUGAAUCGUCGUAAAGCAGACGAUUUGAUGGAACAACUAAAAUUGAAACCCGGUCUUCCUGCGGAUGAGGGUAUAUUAACUACAUUUCCUUCCAUCGACAGCACCAGAGAUGUAGGAGCAGAACAAACUAAAGAAGAUCAGCUACUGAACACCGGGGAAUCCAAAGUAAAGGAUUUGGCUCUGUCGAUGGUUUCAGCAGCGUCCUUGGAAUUAAAUUUUGGAGUUGCCAAGAUGACCAUUAAUUUGGAAAAAACAAUUGCCGAAUUAGGUGUAGGUGUCUCCAAACUGGCCACUGGUUUAUGGGGAGGCACACGAACAAGAGAUGCUCCAGAUAUCACAGUUCUUGCCUAUUACUUACCAGUUCUGAAGCCGCUUGUUAACUUUGGACAACCUAUCAAGUAUGAAAGCUACGAAAAGCUUUCAGAGGGGCAAUUACUGAUUACAAAUCCAAGUGUAUCGUUCGAGUUUUGGACAACGACGAUGCCAAUAUUUAACGCGAUUCUGUUCUGUGGACGCGUGCUUGCAGCAGGUGAUAUCAAUGCUGGACAUAGGGUCAGACAAGGUUUUGUCCAUGGAAUACUCCCGCCCGGACCAAUGAAUAUAAAUCGAAGACAGGCCAUCCAUCAUAUUUCAAACAUUGUUGAUGAGAUUUGGAUAAGAGGUGGCUCUAUAAAAGAUGACCCAAAUUGGCGAAAAUGGUCAAAGAAGUUUCCACCGUUAAAGCAAUGUAAAACUACAGCCAUUCGUGAUCUGGUACGGCUAGCUAAGGAAGGUACUGAAGCAGCAUUGGAAGUGUCUGAUAUUUAUACUGCUGCUAUGGCAUUUGGCUUAGCUCAAGUCAAUCUUUGCAAGAUUAUGGCUCUAGGUUUUGGGUCAGGCCCGAGAAUUUACACACAAGACGAAGAAGGCUUUAGAGAACUCAAAUUGGAGCCAUCAGUACGGGAAAGCGAUUAUAAUUUGUUCUAUUACGAUGAACGGUCUUAUUUUUUUCGCUUAUGUGGAGUACCAGCAGAAUCAUUGGAAGAAUUGGUAAAGUGGCUGGACAACGAAGUUGCAAACACCACACUUCUUGGAAUCGAAAACGGUGAUGCGCCUGGUACAGUUGUAAUGACUCCAAGUUUUUGCGUAUUGGCACGCACAGGUGCAAUAAAAUCCCUGGGAGAUAUGGUGAGUAACAUUGGUAUGGUAGUUGCGGAAAAUUGCAAGGCUUGUGGUGGAAGUUGUGUAAGCAUGUUGCAUAGGGCGUCUCAUCACGAAUAUGUGGGCUGCCGUACUGUGGUAUUUCUCAACAUGCUCAUUUCCGUGUAUGUUGGUGGGGUCUUGAAAAAAGCUGGUAUGGCUAUUGAUCAAUGCCUUUUUAAUGGUGAUUUACAACGGACAAUCAAAGGUUUAAAGGAGCUCAUUUCUUAUGAUAAUUUUGGACUUUCAGCCUUUUUGACCAGCUGGUACAUAUUGCGCUCAGGUGAUGAUGUUCCACAUGUGGAUGAAGGCACAGUAUUAGGGCUUGAAAUGGAUGGCCAAAUUCACGGUUUAAGGCAUGCGGUGAAACCAGGAACAACAGGAUCUCCUUUGGUUAGCUUUGAUGGUCACAUAGCAGCCGGUUCACAUACGUUUGCCUGUCUAGUAUUCGGCCCAAGGCCUGAAAUUCAUCAUGAAUUGAAGAAAGGCCAGUUCACAGUAGUUACAGAGCAACCACCCGAUGUGCUCCCGGCUCAGUAUUUAUAUGUUCGAUCAGAGCCAAAGUAUAUUGCGGUUGACACUAUCCUAUUAUACCCUACAGGUGACGAAUUGCAAGUGGAUCUCGGAGCGUAUGUAAAUAUGUCAUAUGUGCAUAGGUGCGAAGAAACGGCUGAGGAAAUGGCAAUACCUUUAUACGUUUCUCAGUGUGUCGACGGAUGUAGUGUUGUUAAUCUCGCAGAAGAAUUUCCAUAUGCGCUUUAUACGUAUGGUAAUGAAUCUUUGCAAUCCUGGAUAUACGGUGCAUUUGAAGGAAGAGCAUGGCUUCAGGGCUGCAGACCUCUGAAUGCAGCCCUUGCACUAAUUAACCCUGGUGAAGUAUUGAUUCAAGGAGGUUGUAAGACACUGACAAUCGAGCAACAGCGGAUUGAAUAAUCUAAAUAAAUUUGAUUAAAUAAAAAGCUUUGAUUUUGCCUCCUUACACAAACCAUUUGGUACGUCAGUUAUGUAGUUAAUCUAUGUAUGUAAGCAUAGAACGAAAUGAAAAAG